AUGGCACAAGUGAAACCGCCCACUACGAUCCUCGAUCUCGAAAUCGAGAUUCUCACUGCUAUCUUUUCACAAGUCUGCACCGAUGCACCUCGUACCGCCUCGGCGUUGGCCCUGGUCAGCAAAUAUUUCAACGAAGCAGCCAAACUUGUCCGGUAUCAACAUGCUGCUCUGCAAUGGAACGGGGACAAUGAAUGUUUCACCACUCCAACAGGGCUACUUCCAAAGUCGUGGAAAACUCCAGAGUUGCUUCGAGGUCUGCGCCACCUGAAAAUAUCGCGAUGGGAUGGAUCAAUGAAGGGGCCUCGGGUCAAAGCUACCGCACAGUUGAACGAGCUUCUGUGUCAAGUCACGAAUUUGCGGACAUUGAUUUGGGACUCUUCUCUUCUUCUACCGGCUUCAGUUCUUCGCACUCUCGAAACGCGGCAUCCAAGGGCACAUCUGAAAGUGCUUCGCAUAAAAGAACGCGAGCCGACAAAGGAGCAAUUCGACGCCGAAGACGCGCUCGCCAAAAGUCCCUCUUUGGUCUCUUUUGGAGCGCUAAUCGGUGACAGUGAGUGGAACAAAGAAGAUCAUGUGGCCUUUUCAAAGAUCAUCUCGGGUGCACCAAACAUCAAGUUCGCUUCACUCAUAUCCUACACGGUUUAUCCAGAGGCGGUGAGCGAAUGGCAGGAGGAGGCCUCGCAAGUCGACCGAAAGCCCAAUGCUUCACUCCGUCAUUUGACCCUGGACGGCUGGGCACUCUCGGAGCAAACAUUAAAGCAUUGGUCACGAUUUGUCGAUUUGACCGCCUUGGAGAGCUUCAAGUGCAGCAGAGGCAGCCUAUCCGCAUCGUAUUUCCCACUCGCGGCACAAAUGAUGACCAAUCUCAAACAUGUCAGCCUCAAUCUCUCAUCCUGGCGUUGCCCACCCGCAACUGCAAGAGCUGUGCAGGAGUACAUCGACACGUGCCCACCAUUGUCGAGCCUGAGUCUCUGGUCAUGGAAGAACAAGGCGUCUUUGGCGUCCAUUUUGACCAGACACGGCCCUACCUUGGUAGGAUUGGAUCUACAUGAACGAGAAGAUCCCAUCGACAUUCUACGGCGAGAGUCGUUUUCCCGGGAGGAUCUCGAACAGAUCCGAAACUCAUGCCCAAAUUUAAAGGCCUUUACCAUGGAUCUCCUACGCCAGAACCAGUUUUUAGAAAUCAAAGAUUACCAGGAUCAGCUCGAUGAACUCGAGAAAGCCAAGUUGGACAAAUUGCAGCUCUGCUUCGACAGCGGUAUGGUGUAUAUUACAGCCAUGGUGGCCCUCGAGCAUGAGUAUGACGGAUUCCCUCCUCGCGACCUAGCACCAUCAAAUGAGCUUCCAAACAGUUGUGGUGGUGAUUUUGACUCACGGGGUCUACUACCCCUCUACUGGGAUUUCAGCCUCGGAGUCGUGACUCAUUUAGGCCCUUCCGGCCCCGCUCUUUCCAAAAGCCAGAUUCUCCAUCCCCCAUCUUCCAUUGACGAUAUAUGUCGAUUCGUGGGAGAAGUAUGGAAACACCUGUUCGGGUCCCGUACCAACGGUGAACGGCUACUGGAAGUCAAAUUCGGUGAGUGGGAGACCAAAGCGUUUGUCGCCGAGACUCGCUACAAUGGAGACGAGCAGAAGGAUAUCAGAGUGUAUUGUCGUGCCAAACCUCAUGAGAGGGAUGAUAAGGUCGGCGAGUGUCAAGUGUUGGUGCAGUGUUGUCGCGGGAAACACUGGAAGAGGUUUGCGUCGGGUUGA